AUGUGGCGCUGGUUCGAAGUCGGGCAUCCAUCAGAUCCUCUGCUGGUCCUGCUGCAUGGCGUUUGUGGCUCUGCCGUCAAUUUCUUCCAACAGCUCUCGGCAUUGCAGAAUAAAGGGCUGCACGUGGUUUCCCUGCAGUGGCCAGCAUUCUCUUCUCUCAGCAGCUUUCUUACAGGCUUCGACGCGUUUUUGUCGCAGCUGCAUGCUCAGCAGCACACCAAGGCGGCUUCCAGCAGGAAGAAGACUUCCAACACCCGCGAGAUCCAUUUGAUGGGAGCGGAGCUUGGUGGUCUUCUGGCAUUACACUACGCUGCGAUGAGGCCGCAUCUGGUGAAAAGCGUCAUACUGUGCAACGCCUUCAUCAGCACCGACCCCCUGUGGGAAGCAGGUGCUUCCCUCAGGACCAUGAUGAGUGUUUUCUUCGGCAUGCUUCCCCAUACAGCGCUGCGGAAGAUUGUGAUUUCGCAGUUCUUGCGGCCCCUGAAACCCCUCCGAUGCACCGUUGCAGCCUCAGCAGAGAGUGCUAGCAGCGGAGACGACUCUGAUGACGACCUCCAGGCAGCCUUUCGCAGCUGUCAGCCACCUCGCUCGCGCAGCCGCGAUCUGUCACGUGGUCUAUCGAGAUCUGACGCGGAUAGGGCUGACGCUAUGGCAGCUACAGGGGGCAGUGUGGACUCGGGUGUCAUCUUGCGUCCCCAAGAAUCUCUUGAAGUGCGAAACAGCAAAGAGUUCCUCAUCGCUCACCUCGACGCCGUAUCCACGGCAGAUCUCGCCGCUCGGCUUUCCCUACACAGCUCCAUAGAGCCUGCCCCCUUCGUCCCGCAGCUCAAUGCAGGCGAUAAUCGCUUACUCAUACUCCAUACUCUCGACUCCGGCUUACCCCCUCAGACGGAGGAGGGCAUUGUUGCUUUAUAUCCAUGUGCCAAACUCGCAACUAUGCGAAAUGGAGGCCCAUUCCCUUUCCUUGCAGCCGCGGAGGAGGUGUCCAUGCACAUCGAGCUGCACAUGCGUCGCUGUGGGGCGAUCAAGCUGCCUUCAGCGAAGGAGCAUGCAGCACAUCAGGAGCAGGAACGAAAAUCCAGGGGCUUAGAUUCGCUGCAUCACGCUGCCCCUAGGUCCUCCCAAGACCUUCCAUGCGUCUCUCCAUGGCAAGAUGGAUUUCCAAGCAGUCUCCCGAAUUAUCCGAGUUCUUGCACUACCAUCACCUGUAGCGGCAGCUCUCAGUAUCAGCCGUGGUCUUUAGUCACUCAUCACGACAGCUGCUCUGAGGAGCCAGCUUACAGUGAAGCAUCAGAGCAAGGGAAAAAGCAGGCGUGUGGGAACGCGCCGAACGGAGCUGCACCAGCAGCCAGAGCAGCGCAGAAAGCUGCCGAAGUAGCGGCAACGUGCAGAGCCCUCUCUGCGGUUAGUGGAAGCGCUUCUGGACAAAGUGGGACACAUUCGAUGCUCGGGAAUCCGUCUGGUCUAGCGGCGACUCCAAGCAACCGCAAUAAUCCCGCGGGGGAAAACAACCAUUGUCCGGUGUGUUGA